AUGAAGGUUCUCAUUUGUUCACUUUUACUCAUCUGUGGAGCGAUUGCUUUCCGUACCCAAUCCACAGGUGUCAAGGGAAAAUUGGUAUGUGGAAGCAAGGCAGCGACUGGAGUGAAUUUGAAACUUUUCGAUGAAGAUAACGGGCCGGACCCAGAUGAUGUUUUGGAUCAGAAGACUACUGACAAUGAAGGCAAUUUCUUCUUGAGCGGAUCAUCGAUGGAAUUGACACCAAUCGAUCCGGAGCUCAGAAUUUUCCAUGAUUGCAACGACCAAGGAAGUCCAUGUCAACGUGAAUGGGUAAUCCGGAUACCAGCAAAAUACAUAACCAACGGACCAGAGGUUAAGGAAAUCAUGGACUUGGGAGUUUUGAACUUGGAAGUGAAAGGAGUAUUCAGAUGUGGAACGGAGUCGGCGAAAGGACCAGAUCCAGAUGAUGACUUAGGAAACGGAUUCACCGACGCGAAUGGAGCAUUCGAACUCUCAGGACACACUUCUGAACUCACUACCAUUGACCCACAUCUCAAGGUGUAUCACGAUUGUGACGAUGGAAUCAAUCCAUGCCAGAGACGCUGGAAGUUCGAGUUGCCGAACAACUACAUCUUCUCUGACUCCGAUGCUCCUAAGACUCUUGAUAUUGGAAUUUGGAAUUUGGAAGGAGUUCUGCCAGGAGAGAGCCGUGACUGCGACCAUUAA